GCAUCUUGUCUCCCGUGAUGUUGAAUGUGCACUCAGUUGUGCAUUUGUUGACAUUGGUUACAAAGUUUUAUGUUCAAUAUAGAGUAGAAUCCAGCGAUAUAGCGUCCCUUUAAUGGAUAGAUCUCGAGAAUGGCUAUCUGAGCUUGAAGUGGCAAUGUAGGAUAACAAUCGAUAGCAUCCCGCGGCUAAUAUGUCAAGCCUCAUAAUAUUGGAGUCGGUAAGCUAAUGAACUGCUCUUAUAAGCUUCACAUUCCUUUCUCGUUUGUUAUUUUUCUUCAUGCUGUGUAAGACAUAGUAACUCAUCAUUUUUAAAGGUAAACUGUUAAUACCUUGAAUUAUUGACAGUUGUACAGGUUCUUUGCAGCCACUUAGUAGUUUACUAAAUACUGAAUAAUUUAAAACGCCGCGACGCCUUGGAAGCCAUCUGGCUGUCGUGGUGUGAUGAAGGAAACUCAUGAAAUUGACGUAUCACGAGUAUGAUGCGGUUACUUUUCUCGCCGGGUCACCAAUAUUCAGAUGUUUUACCUUCAAAUAAAGUGGUUGAUAUUGAUAUUAUCGCUUGAUUGUGCGAGCGUAGUGUUGCAAGUGAAUGUCGAAAACAAACAAACAGAUUAAUAAACGUCAAUUCAACUAGUGAAUUAAAAUACAUAACUUUAUAUUUUCAGCUCCGUAGUUCUUUUUUCAUCAAAUGCUACAUUUCUCAUAAAAAUUCUCAUUUCCUGUCAACUCGCCUCAUGAAAAGGAUCUAACUGUUCAGCUGUAAUAUUCUUCUCCAGAUGUGUUUUCCACUUAGGCUUGUGUCUUAAUUUUCUCAUAAUCUGAUUGUCACAUCAGGAGAAUAAAGAGACUAUUCAAAUAUAGCGACUGCAACUUUCAAGAAUAGACAGAAUAAUAAAUAUAUGUAAAUCGUUCCCACUAAACAGUCAGCAGUAAAGUGGUGAUGGUAAAAAAGACAACUACAAACAAGGACAUGGCUUCCCCCAAACAUUUUGUGAUUGGUUUUGAAUUUCAGAAUAGUCAGAAAUAUAUAUAUACAUUUGCCAACUUGCCUUUCCGAAAGAAAAUUAAAGAGAGAAUUGGUAAUCCAGCAGUUUACAUUGUACACUGUACCUCACAAAUGAGAACAGAAAGGAAGAGUUGAAAUGAACUGAACAAGUAGGAAUCCCAACUGGCCCAGGGCACUAAAUUGUCUAUUUACACUUCCGUUACUGUUGAGUUGAACUUUUGUACUACCAAAAACUAAUCCAGCAACUUAGAGAGGGGCUAAAAGGUCUUAUUAAAUAACAUUUGGUUGUGUAAAAAGCAGGGGAAUUAAUUUCUUUUCCCAGUGUAAGCAGUUGCCAAUGGUGGGAUAGGCAGCUAUGACCUGGAAAGAGACCAUUACCAAUCUUAGAAACAAAAGUUUUAAUAAGUGGUAAGAAGUCCUCUAUGGGUUGUGGUUGACCCGUGGUAACUGGUUCUUUUGAAACCCUUGAAAAAGGUCUUGAAAAUCAUGAAAACAGUCCUUUCAAAAUUGUAUUAUUUGGAAAUAAUAUGUGAGGCCAUGUUAGAAUAAGAAUGAAGAAGGGGUAGUGUAAUAUUAGAGUAUGACAUGUUACAUGUAUGUUAUGAGUAGACCUAGGAGCACAGACAUACACACUCUGCUUCAGGACACUGGGUUCACCACUGUCAGAGAACUCAGAAUGGCAAUGCCAGACUAAAGUGACUUGGGCGAGAGAAUCCAUGUUGUCCUAGUAAGCACUUGACCAAACUAAACUAACCUACUAUGACAUGUUCAAUUUUUUUCCCAUUUUAGGAUGCAGGGGAACUUGAAGACAUUGAUGACAGGCUUCAAAAAGAUGGUUAUAGAACUAACAUCCCAGUUGAACACAAACUUCGUUACUUUUGGAGGCAGUUUACGAGAUCCGAAGCCAGUCUCAAGUCCUCUCUUGAGAGUGUUGAACAGCUCCGCAAGCAACAUGGUGAGGAAAUGAUUGAAGUGGAAAACUAUGUUGCACACAUCCGGCAGCUUUCAGAUGAGAGAGAGGCUUUAACACAAGACUUGGAGGCUGAAAAUGAACAGCUGAAAGCAGAGCUUGAACAAAUGAAGGUGGAGAAAGAAGCUGGAGCUUAUAUUUCAGAAGACAUCUGUGACAUGCUCAUAGAGUCUGGUUUGACACAAAUUGGAAGAGAUACCAACCCUGUAAAGGAACAAGUGAAUUAUUUGAUUAAAGAAAGAACAUCUCUCUCGGAAAAGGUACGUAGACUAGAACUUGACAAUGAAAAUCUCAAAAAGAAUUCAGAUACUGAACAGUCCAACCAGCGGAUGAUGAAAAUUAUGGAAGAGGAGAGGAAAGACAUGGAAGAUGAGAUGAACAGGAUGCGUGAAAUGAUGAAGCAAGUUAAACAGGAGGAGCGGAAGAUUCAUGAACAGGAAAUGAAGAAGGUUACAGAGGAAAACGAUGGUCUGAGAUCAGAGCUGCAGAAAGCACAGAAACAACAUAAUGCAGAUAUGACAGAACUUAUUAACAGACACCAAGGUAUGUUUUUAUUUAUAUUUUGUAACGGCUACUCAACAAAGUUAAAUAGAAGCUAGGGGAGGCUUCCGGUUGUAGCUCCAAGGUCUAACCCCUUACCAGUGUUGCUGUACUACUUUUGAUGGAGAAUGUUCCCUUUCUGUGUACCUUAAUUUAAAAGUGGUACCCCUUCCCCCAUACCUUAAGCAAGAAGUCUCCUUGACAAUGUACAGUGUUAAACAAAUUAAUAAUUAUAAAUGAUGCACCAAUAAAGUGCAUCUGUUUAAAAUAUUUUGGUGAAAAGUCCUUAUGAUUUUACAUGCCAGUACUUCAGCUCAUGAAACCCCCACCCUUUAAUAUCCCUGAGUUCCCUUUGAGUGGAGCUCUGGAAUGAACACUGUACUUACAUGUAUGUGGGAUCAUUUAUUGAGUGCAGAGCAAAAUAAUAUUACUUUCCACUUCUUUAAUUUACUGCACUUUUCAAAAACAUGCGAACUCUGAAGUUCAAAGGCCAAGUGACAAUAUUCAAAAGGUCAUGGUAACUUUGUGAUCUGUGAUUGGUGGAUUUCUAUCUGUUUUGUGUGUUUCCAUGUUUCAAGGUUCGUUGCUUGUGAAUGUAAUUAUGAUUGAGGGCAGUGAGAAACGCAAUUGGGAAGGGUACUUUUAAAUUUUAAAGUUUGCGUAUUUGUGAAAAGCACAGUAAUGUAAAAAAAAAAAUGCAUGACUCACCUUUUACCCUCUCCACAGGAGAAAAACUUAAGUUGCUAGAAGAGAGAGAACAAGAGAAAGAAAAAUCUGCUGUCCAUGGAAGUAAAGCUGACAAGGUUAUGGCUGAAGUGGAGGAGUUAAAGAGCAAAAUGAGAUCUAUUGAAUUGGAAAAAACAUCUUUACAGACCACUGUAAGUUCUUUUUGCAACAUUAUCAUUAUUUUUCACUCCUGUACUAAAGAGUCUUUUUAAUGGAUCAUGCAUUGAAAUUACAUUUGGACAAUUCACAAGACACAAGGAAGUUUGUCCUCGUUUUUUUUCCCAGUGCAGGUUAAAAUUCAGUCUGCGUGUCAAAAUACCAGUUUGCAUAGAGUGUACAUGUAUGUUUACAGUGUUAACGUCUGUUGUCCCUUGAUGUACAGGUGCAGUCACUAGAGGAAGAAAUUGAGAAAGAAAAAGAAGAGUUAAAUAAGAGUAAAAUCAGCCAAGAAGCAUCCAUCAGGAAGCUCAAAACUGAACUAUCAGGAACAAAGCAAAAGCUUCAAGAGACAGAGGUUAGUUGCUGCAUAUGCUCACAGUAGCUGAUAAUAUUGUGCAUUACAAUAAUGCAUCUCCCAAUAAUAAUUAAUUGUUGCCCAUUUGCAAAAAUGUUGUUUUGUGUGUUUUGCUCUGCACAUGCAUCAUCAUUAGGUAAAACUGAAAACCCAAGAAGGAGAGAGGAAGACCAUUGAAAGCCGGCUUCAAAUAGUACAGAAGGAUUUUACUACAAUAAGGGAUAGAGAAGCUCAACUUACUUCUGAAAAGGUACUUUGUAAUUUCCAUAUUCCUCUUGACUAUAAACAUUUGGGUUUUUUGGAAGGGUUAAUUUUUUCUUGUGUACUAUAAACAUGGCCUGCGUCACAGACGUAAUUUAACCCCGGUUAGUAAUAUCUGCAAAGCAGCACCAAAACUAUUAACUUGUGGGCCCCCAGCGGACUCAAUGAAUUACUGGAAGUGCAUUUCGAAUUUCCUUGCAUCCUGAUUGGCAAAUCGACAGUGGCUUUUUUAACAGGCCAAUCAUGGCGCGUACUCAAAUUCUGGUACCCAGGUGGAGUCCUAGAACAAGAAUUUUGGGGCUGUUUUGCAGACUGACUUUAAGCCAGGGUUUAGUUUCGUCUGUGGCACAGGCUAUAUAAACAUUGUUAUUUAUCACUUUGUUUGUCUCAAAUGAUAAUGACAUACCGUAAAAUCCUGAAAAUAAGCCCCUCCAUGUGAAAGCCCCUCCAAAUAUAAGCCCCUGGGGGGCUUGUACUUGGAAAAUUACCCUCAAAUACAAAGUAAAACAAAGCAAAAAUGGUAAAUUUAAUUCCAACUAUAAUAAGGCUAGCCCAAUUGGUUUUUAGAUGCAAAUUUCCCUCCGUAGAUAAGCCCCUCCGAAUAUUAGCCCCUCCAAAAAUAAGCCUCUCAAAAAGGGCCUUUGAAAAAUAUAAGACCAGGGGCUUAUUUUCGGAAUUUUAGGGUAUCUUUCCCAUGACUCAGGAAUUAUUAUUAAUGAAGGUCAUACAUGUAUCUGCCAUGCAUGUUUACCAGGUUGAGAUCACUUUACAUUUUCUUCCGUGUUGGCCCCCCUUGAACAGAUCUUUGAUAAACUGGCAAAGCUAAUGCAGUUUUUGGUCUAAUAUUGCACUAAACCUGUUUUAAUCUCAUACACACAGAACAGUGUUUUGAGUGAAGCCAAAUCAUCAACUCAGAAGUAAGUUACAGAUAAAUUAAUUUGUGUUAUGUACUUCUACAAUAAUUCAUUAUAACAAGUUACUAACAACAAUAAUUGUUGAAAAACAACAAUUAAUAACUUAGUAGUUGUUUUUUUAGUGAAUUUUUUGUGGUUAGUGAUCAGAGAUUUUGAUUAUCUAUGCACAUUUAAGUACUGUUUAAGUAGUCAAUUGCAUGUAUCUCUGAGAAUAUUGUGAAUCUACUAGACAGGAAAUAAGGAUACAACAGCUAACUGAUGAAAAAAACAGUCUCCAAGAACGUCUCAAAACAGCAGAUGAUACAGUUGAACGGCACAUUAAGCAGAUUGAGAAUUUAACGUUACAGCUAGGAGAGGCAGAGAGAACACUCGCAGAGAAAGAAGAGGAUAUGGAAUUAAAGGACAAGUCUUCGAAAGAUGAGGUUAGCAGUCAUUCUAAAUUCUAACUGAAAAAUUUAAAACAGGCACGCAAUACUUUUUUAAAAAGAACAUCGUCUGUCCAGAUCACCAUAUUAACUGGACAAAGCAAAUAAUUUGUUGAACAUAGGGGGGUACAUUGUACUUCUAGGCAGAGCGUGAGGUAUACAAUGAUAAGCAUAAGAAGCAAACAAACAAACAAACACAAUUGUUUAUGCAAGAGAGAUUUUGGGUUAAAACCUUAUAAGUUUAUGCUAAUGGUAUGCAGGUUUCCAGGUAAUUAUAUUUUAAGUUUUUGAUUAAUUUUUCCCAGAUCUGUACUGACUUUUUCUUAUAUGAUAAUUUUACGAAAAUAAUAGUAAAAAACUGGAUAUUCAUCUUUUUUUGCUUCCUUAUCUUCAUGAUUUGGAGUUCAUAAACUAAAACUGAUAGAACACUUUGUACUUUUAAGUCCAGCAACCCCUUUGGCUGCAAUGACAGGAAGUUGAAAGUUGCUAUACUUGAUCCAACUUAUGUUAAUAUUGUGUUGCUCUUUACCAGCUUAAUACACUGAAGGUAAAGUUUGCAAGGGCCACAGAUGAAGCAACAAAAUUAAGAGAAGAGCUGUCAGAAACAAAACUCAAACUUAAUAAGGUGAGAUAUAGGUAGAAAACCCCUUCAAAUAACAGUGCAUUGCCUCCCCCAUCCCCCUCCCCUGGCGGGGUGUGUAAUGUAGUUUUGUAUGGACAGCAGAGUAUUGGCCUUAACUAAUAUCAGUAAUUGUUCACUUGAUUAUUCCUGUAUCCUUGAGCUCUGUGAUUAUUUAUUGAAAGCUAUAGCCUUUUUUGUACAUGUAGUACUUAACUGAUUUUUGUUGAAAUGCAAUACCUUUAUUAGGUGAUGUAUGCCAAAAUGGCCUGAAAAAACUACUUGUGGAUAUUGAGAACAAGUUUGUAUACAAUAUUUGCACUCAACUCAUUUUUGGCAACAGAAAUGCUUUUUUAAAACUGAAAUUUGAGGCAACACUUCUCUAUCAUCUACAAAAAACUGUAAAGCAAAGCUAAGUUAAAAGAUUUCCUCCUGUUAUUAGAUUUAAGACUGCUAAUUCAUACUGAAUGUUGAAAGGAGCAGGAGAGAAUGAAGAAUCAAUAAUUGUCCUGUUUAAUUCCAUUCAUCUACCUUAGCUUGUGAUAUUGUCAAAUCUGAUCAAUAUUAUUUGAAAUAUUUGAAUGGGAUUAUGCAAAAUCAAUUGCACAGACCGUGUCCAUGUCCCUCUUGUCAAUUUUGUACUUUGAAAAGUUACGAAACUUGAUUCCUAUCAUUUUACAAACUGUUUAUAGGCUAUGUCUGAUCACCAAGCUAAUGAGACAAAUUAUCAGGAAAAGUUGAAUGCUCAGUUUGGCCGCAGCAAGAGUGCAGAGGAAGAGAAAGAACUGCUACGGGAACAGAUUGUCGACUUGAGAAAGGUUAAUNCAAAUAAUUAUAUUUAAAGUUUUGGAUUAAUUUUUCCCAGAUCUGUACUGACUUUUUCUUAUAUGAUACUUUUACGAAAAUAGUAAAAAACUGGAUAUUCAUCUUUUUUUGCUUCCUUAUCUUUAUGUUUUGGAUUUCAUAAACUAAAACUGAUAGAACACUUUGUACUUUUAAGUCCAGCAACCUCAACAGUUUUGGCUGCAAUGACAGGAAGUUGAAAGUUGCUAUACUUAAUCCAACUUAUGUUAAUAUUGUGUUGCUCUUUAUCAGCUUAAUACACUGAAGGCAAAGUUUGCAAGGGCCACGGAUGAAGCAACAAAAUUAAGAGAAGAGCUGUCAGAAACAAAACUCAAACUUAAUAAGGUGAGAUAUAGGUAGAAAACCCCGUCAAAUAACAGUGCAUUGUCUCCCCCAUCCCCCUCCCCUGGCAGGGUGUGUAAUGUAGUUUUGUAUAGACAGCAGAGUAUUGGCCUUAACUAAUGUCAGUUAUUAAAAAGUAAUUGUUCAGUUGAUUAUUCCUGUAUCCCUGAGCUCUGUGAUUAUUAAUUGAAAGCUAUAGCCUUAUUUGUACGUGUAGUACUUAACUGACUUUUGUUGAAAUUAUGCAGUACCUUUACUAGGUGAUGUAUACCAAAAUGGCCUGAAAAAAACUACUUGUGGAUAUUGAGAACAAGUUUGUACACAAUACUUGCACUCAACUCAUAUUUGGCAACAGAAAUGCUUUUUUAAAACUGAAAUUUGAGGCAACACUUCUUUAUCAUCUACGAAAAACUGUAAAGCUAAGCUAAGUUAAAAGAUCUCCUCCUGUUAUUAGAUUUAAGACUGCUAAUUAGACUGAAUGUUGAAAGGAGCAGGGAAGAAUGAAGAAUCAAUAAUUGCUCUGUUUAAUUCCAUUCAUCUACCUUAGCUUGUGAUAUUGUCAAGUCUGAUCAAUAUUAUUUGAAAUAUUUGAAUGGGAUUAUGCAAAAUCAGUUGCACAGACCGUGUUCAUGUCCUUCUUGUCAAUUUUGUACUUUGAAAAGUUACAAAACUUGAUUCCUAUUGUUUUACAAACUGUUUAUAGACUAUGUCUGAUCACCAAGCUAAUGAGACAAAUUAUCAGGAAAAGUUGAAUGCUCAGUUUGGCCGCAGCAAGAGUGCAGAGGAAGAGAAAGAACUGCUACGGGAACAGAUUGUCGACUUGAGAAAGGUUAAUUUACAACUUAAUGUUCAACAACCUUUAGAAAACUCAUUUGUACUGAAUUUCAGCCAAUUUUCAGAACUAACAUGAGCAUUACUUUUAUGUAUUUAUUUUGUUAGCCUUGUGUGUGUUAAUGACACAUUAAACCCAUGAAAUUAAAAUACAGUGUACAGUGUAUGUAGUAUAAUUUGCCUCAGUUUUUGUUGCUGCUUUCAUUUCUCUUGGUUUAUUUUGGUAUGAAAUCUUUUGUUAAAAAGUCUCAGAUAUCUAGAUAUGCAAUUUAAUAUGAAGUAAAAAAAGAAUUUCCAUGUAUGCUAAACAUAUUAAUCACUAAAACUAACAUGAUGCCAUCUAUCAAAAGUAAUAUUAAUUUUAUCAUCUCUUUUGAAGCUGAUCACUUACUGUGUGCAAAUUUAAUUUAGGUGAUCUGAUUGUAACAUACAAAACUAUUUUAUCUUAUAGCCUGUAGUUUGUAGGGUUCUUUGAACUCUUUGUGGUAUAAAAUUAAUUAACAAAAUUUUAUUGCCAUGCAUUGACCCACAGUUGUAAAUGUUGUGACCAAAAAAGCAUGUUAUCAGUCUCAAAAAUGCAAAUAUAUUUUAAAUAAAUUCUUGAUAUUGGUUCUUAAGCUAUUAAUUUUGUUUUAACGGCUUUGAUCAUGAUGAAUAACACUAAAAGUGAUUGAGAUUUAUGCAAAUAACCUAGAGUUUGUUUUGUAAAGCCAGUAUAAGGUUAACUAUAGAUUUUGCUAUUUAGUUAAUUUGCAAUAGCUUAUCAUUAACUGACAUUUAGAUACUUGAAUUAGCAAAAUUACAGGAUUUUGUACAGAGCCUUUUGUUGAUAAUGAAAUGACUGCACUGAAUUCUAAAGCUUAGCUCGAUUCCUAUUUCAAUAAGCUUUGUUUACCCUUGUUUGAGGCAAAGUGGAUCACAAAAUGACAACAGUCCAUUAAAGCCAUUACUUUGUCAACAAAACAAAAAAUUCUUAAAGAGUUUAUCACCUCAUUAUCACUGAUACCCCCUGCUGAGCUUAAGCAUAAUUUGGGGAGCUUGUGUAGAGCCAUUUUAUAUCACACUGUUACAAGAAGAUGCAAAAAUUCAAGAAACAUCUAAGAAAGAAACUAAGGUACUUGCUCUCACAUUUGCUUAGGAUUUUGGUAUCAGCUUAGUGAAACAGGAAUUUAUUAAAUCAAGAUCUGUUUAUAUUGGAUGUUGAGGACUGUUGUAGGGAAUCCAUUUAACUAUAUACAGUAUAAUUGCUGCAGUUGUUUGACUUUUAUGCUUAUUUGACUUCUUGUCCUUUGUCAAUCAGUAAAUGUGGUAUAUAAACUUGUCAUAGUUAAAAAGGCAUUCACCCAUCAAACCUCUUUAGCCACAAAUGACUGUAAGCUGACCACAAGUGUUAUAGAUUGAGUUAUUUAUUCAAGCUCAUAAAAUGUCCUUUUCCUCAAGUAAGGAAAGCUCAUAAACUUCAGUAAAACAGAGCUGACGAUCAUAAAAUGACCUAGUGUAUUUCAGCGUAUUUUUUCUUUAACAGCUACAAUUUAUAGAAAACUUAAAAUUGAAGCCAACUUUUUGCAUGUAAAUAAACUUCACUAGACAAUGCUAAGGCAUUCCUAAGAGCUUCCAUGUGGUUGUGGAUAAUCAAGAGCCAUUGACAAAACCGGAUCAGUGAGUUAAUCUGAUCCCAUUUAAUUCAGGUCUUGCUGAUGCUUCUUAGUCAUGUGUUGUUCAGUAGCUAAGCUUCAGUGUUAAUCUCUGGAGAAAGCCACUUUGUAGAGAUCAUACUUGAGCUCAAGUGUUGGAGCUACCUUAUAUAAUGCUAUGGACAAAUUAAUACCUGUAGCAGUUUAUAUCCACAUACUCAUGCAAUCAACAGUUUGAAGAAUGAAUGAGCAAAGAGGUUAUUACAUUUGAGUGUGAGCUGGGCAAUGAUUCUGUCAAAAGGUUUCUGCAAGUUAGUAAUUUUUAACAUGAUAGUUGUUUGUGUCAAUCAUGUGUGAUAGGAUCUUGAAGCAUCACUUGCAGCAAGUAUGAGCAGAGAGAAGGAGACCAUGGAACAGACAGCUACUUUAGAGAAAGAAAAGGAAAAUCUGGCCAGGGAGCUUGCGUCGUAUAUCAAUAAGGAGAAAGACAAGGUUUGUUAUGAUCAAAUGUUCCUGGCAAGGGUGGGAUGGGCAGGAGGUAAUUUCUCAGGGGUAGUCUCACAGGUAAUCAUGCCAUCUGAUCAUUGCAUGUGUUGACUUUCUCUGGCCAGAGAGCUUCCUUCAUAUAUCAACAAAGCACAAAAAGACAGAGAAGGGUUGUUAAGAUCACACUUUCCUGGCAAGGGUGGGAUGGGUAGGUGGUAAUUUCUCAGGGGUAGUCCCACAAGUAAUCAUGGCAUCUGAUCAUUGCAUGUGUUGACUUUCUCUGGCCAGAGAGCUUGCUUCAUAUAUCAACAAAGCACAAAGAGAACGGUUGUUAUGAUCACACUUUCGUGGCAAGGGUGGGAUGGGUAGGUGGUAAUUUCUCAGGGGUAGUACCACAGGUAAUCAUGCCAGCCUUUUAUAAGUUCUCAAUCAAGAGCAGUCUUUUUAAAAGUGAACUUAAAUGAAUACACCCAGGGACCAAUCAAGGUGCAAGUUUGUCCUUUAAAAUGGCCCAACCAAAUCAGAAAAAAAUAAUUUUAAUCUCCCAUGAGCAAACACCCAGGAUGCAAAGGCUUGGUGAUCGCUUUCGAGAGGUUCCGUUGAAAGGCUUUGACGGAGAAUAUUUUAGGUGUUUUGGAAAGGUGGUCACUUAUGGCCAGUGGUCACUAACGGGAGAUGGUCACAUGUGGAGGUUCGACUACAGGAAGUCAACAGUGUGCACAUGGUACCUGUUCUAGUGUCCAUGUCCUUUUUGGUUCUCCUUUUACAUCAUUCUGCCAUAAUAUGUUAGACUGAGUGUAACAAGAACACCUCAUUUUCCAACAUUACAGAGAGUCCACUUUCUUCUAUGAAGAAAAACAACAACAGGCUUACAUGCACCUUUUUCGUUUUAUUCUUCAAUCAUUUUAUUUUCUUUCAUUGAUUUUUUAAUUGUUGUUGUUGUAUUUUAGUCAAAGAAGAGUGAAGAACUUACCCUGCAGCUUCAGUCCGUAGAGAAUGAGAAAACCUCGCUUCAUGCUAUUGUAUCAACUCAAGAAAGACAGAUCAGUGAUCUUAACACCAAGGUAAAUAAUUGUUCAUGAACUUUAAGAGGGUGUCAAUGUGAAUUGAAAGUUACCGGGGGGAGCAAUAUUUGGGUAAAGGUGAGCCACUGAGGGUUUGAAACCCUAACCCUCUUAAGGACAAAAAAUGUCUAAAAUACGUAUCUUGUUUAGGUCAACUGCCUCAAUUUUAUUACCCUGUUCAGGGCAAAGGACAAAAUGCACACAGUCUCGUUUUAAAGCCAUUUAUUGGCAAUUGCAAUAGAGCCAAUUCAAGUUAUAGUUAUUGCUUUUGUAUACUUGGAGUAAAUCAUAUCUGAAUUGUGCAGGCAAUAUUCUGUUGACGGGCUCGCACAAAAUAUAUACCCUGUUAAGAACAGGGAGGCCAAAAACCAUACCCUGUCCAAUGGCACAUCCUGUAAUAGGCCAUGAAAGGGAGUCCUGGGUGUAACUUAUGGUAACCUGAGAUCAGGUUCAAUUUUCCUUUCGCUUUGUAAAUAACAUUCCGUGGGUAAGCGGUGGCCAUUAGAGAGAAUGUAUGAGAACCGCUAACAUUGGGGCUGAUCUCAGGUUAAACUUAUGGUUCCUUAGUAACUUGUCAUAUGUAUUUGUCCUUCCUAGCUAGGGAAGUUAGAUGAGAAGUGUGCUGAACUUGAAGACCAACUACAAAGAGAGCAAAGCAGGAGUUUAGGUUGGUAAAAUCCAACAGAGUUAGUGAGUAACGUUUGAAUUGUGCCUAUGGGAGAGUGCCCACAUACCUAUGAUAAACCACUUGAAAGCGCUUUUCUUGGCGUAAUGAGUACAAAACGAACCUCAUUGUGAUCUUCAUAUUAUGAUGGUACUGUAGCAUCGACACUAAAGUUAAUAGCCAAAGUUUAGGCUCUCAGAUAGUAGGGACAUUGUGAAAAUAUGAUGCGCGCAAGAUAGGAAAGGAGGUGGUGGUCGGCGGGAGAGAGCGCCUCCUCUUUCCUCAGCCCCCGGCAAGUUUUUUACACCAGCUAUCUUGGAGCCUGGAAAAGGAUAGGACACAAAGUUUGGUUUUCUUAUCAAUUUCUUUCCUGAGAGUCUCGGAAUGUUAAAAGCUCUUAGUUAGAAAAUAACGAUGAGCUUCCGAAUGUUCGUGAUCCGAGUACUGGGCCCAGCUGUUAAGUCUUCAAGUAGAGUGAGACAAUUUUCUCCUUGUUUUCUGACGUCAUCUGACGUGGAGGGCUUAUUAUUCUAAGAAGCUGUCCAGUAUAUCAAAGAGCCAGGUUGGAGUGCUUCUUUAAUUUCUUUAAAACAGCAGUCACUUCAUGAACAUAGGGGCCUCUACCAUUUACACAAACCAACCAGGUAGAAAUCUCGUGCAUAAACAUAAAACAAAAAAUUGGACGUGGUGAGACUGCAAAACAGUGGUUUUUUUCUCAAAAUCAGUAAAGAAAUCGGUGAAACGUGGCGUAAGAGUCUUACGCGCGCGAAGCGCGCGAGCCUCACACGCCCGUAGGGGUCUGUGAGGCGAGAGAAAAAAAUCGUCUCUCCCCAGUCUCGCUCUCUGUUUUCAGCCUCGUUCCAGACCUUUUGUUUGACUGCUCGCUCGUACUUGAAUACGCAAGAAUACGGACUGUUUUGCAGUCUAGACGUGGUGGGCGAACGACCCGUUACAAAGUAUAUCCAAACAAGCUGAACAAACCAAAAAGAGAAGAAAAUUUCCCCACCUCAAAACGCAACCCUCGUUUUCUGAAGCUUUCAUUGCGGGACGGCGCAAACCAUUUGAUUUUCCAACCGGAAUGUCCGGUUUUCCCAUGUAAAUGGUAAGUACCCCUGGACACUAACCUUGUACUAUUUCCUAUGUUUUUAUUGUGAACAGAGCUGAGUACAAGAUAUGAAUUUACUCAAGAGAGUAGUAGUUCUGCUAAGCAGGAAGUGGAUCAGCUAAAGGAAGAAGUUAAAGUCAUGUCUGCACAGCUUAUGAGACAGCAUAAUGCUUCAGUUGAUAGUCAGGUGAGUGUUCAAUGUGGUCUUGUCGUCUUGCAUUCACCAACUUCAGUGAUUUUGUUACAAAUAGUUAUGGUGUGUCCUGGGACUCAUUUUGUGAAAAAUCAUGGGUCCCAAUGUAGAACCAAAUGAAUGAUGUUGCGCGUUUUCCCGGCCUAAGGCAAACUUUGUUCUAGCAUGUGACGUAAUCCCCGUUUAUGGCGUGAAUCCUGCGUAAUUUUAUCCAAUCAGAAAUCAGUAUACCGAAAACUGCAACAACCUGAUUUAAUACAAUACGUUCUUCAACUCCUUUUGCAGCAACUUGCAAGGUAACUGUCAGGUUUUUGUCGCCCUUGGCGUUUUACCGUAGCGUUAAAGGAUGAUCUACAAUUCAUUAACUUGGAUAUGCCUAGCUUCGUUUGCGCUUAUGUCAAGUUUGCGCGGCAGCGUCCAGUGAAUAAAUGCCGUAUACCUCAAGUGUCACUCAACUUUACUCCGCGCUUAAUUACUGCUUGUUUGUUUGGAUACUCUAAACGGAACGGUGACAACAAUGAGCUAAUUUAUUCCAUUCUAGGCUAAAUAUGAAAGGCUGAUUGUUGACAUGCGUAAUGAGAUAGAAAGAGAAAGAGAGAAAUCGUCUGCUGAGCGCCACUCCCUGGCGAGUCAGAUGGAACAGGCUAUGAGAGAAAGCAAAGAUUUAAGCUCCCUUCUAAGAGAAAGAGAUGAGGUAAUGUUCUCCUUGUUUUAAUGUUCUGCCAACUUGCAUUUAGCAAGCUUCACAUCGGAACCACACUCCUUCAUACAACGAGAGUGGUAGCCUGCAUCGCAGACGCAAAAGGCACUAUGACAUCAUUUUACCACUACGACCAGAAUCCUUCAGCGUUUUGCUUUCUUGUGCAAAUUAGGGCUUUUGUUAUUCAAACCUCGCUGGGAUUACAAAUUUAAAAGUGAAAGAAAAAACGAAAAGGAUCCUGGUCGUAGUAGUAAAAUGACGCCAUUGUGCACAUGGCCUAUUUAACCUCGGUUAGUAACGUCUGCGAAGUAGCGCCGAGAUCCUUGUUCUGGGCACCCAAUGGACUCAACAAAAAACCGGAAGUGCGUUUUGUAUUUUCCUUCAACCUGAUUGGCAAAUCGACAAUGGUAUUUUUAACAGACCAAUCAUGUUAAAUCUUGGUACACAGGUGGGGACCCAGAACAAGGAUUUCGGCGCUGUUUUGCAGACGGACUUAACCAGAGUUUAGUUUCGUUAGUAGAACAGGCUACAAGGAGGGCGAGGGGAGAAAGGGUACCAUCGACACACAAAGCAUGCUAACUAUGGUAACCUUACAGCAGCUGACAGAAAAAAAGGACAAAAGCUAACGGGAGCAUUUCAUACUAGGGCAUUUUUGCCUGGGCAUUGAAUCUGCAAAGAAAGUUGGGGGUUAUACGAAUGACUUUAACCCUAUUUUCUAUCCUGUUAACCUUUACUAAGAUGUAGGCCAUUCUUACACAUUCAAAAGAAGCUUGCGUUUUCCCUCACCGGUUUGUCUGACCAGCUGAUUCAGGGUUCGUACAGGUCAUGGAAAACCUGGAAAGUCAUGGGAUUUAAAAAUUCAAUUUCCAGGCCUGAAAAGUUAUGAAGUUAAUUGUCGAUCUUUGGAAGUCAUGGAAAAUGAAAGUUUUGUUUGGUAGAUUAAUUACUGCAGAUGACAAAGCAAGGACAAUGUAAGGUAAAGAGGAGUAAUUAGACAGCGCGAAUAGGACGCGUUUGGACACCAGAGUUGCUGUCUGUAAAAUACCUUACAAGACGGACGAUUUUGAAAAUUCUCGAAAGUGACAACUAAACCUAAGGUCAUGGAAAACUUGAAAGGGUCAUCGAAAGUCAUGGAAUUCGAAGAACUUAAAGGAGUAGGAACUCUGGAAAUGAACCUCAGCGUACUGCAUUGGAGGCUAUAUGGAAGGCCGAGUUAAAAUAUUUCCGUGUUUUAAGAGGGGAAGAGCUUUUCCACAGAAAAAUUGUCCUUCACAUGCAUAGCCCCUUUGCACAACAUUUUUUCUGAAUAACUUGCAUGCUGUCCUUUUGCAGGAAUUAAUUGCCCUACGCGCAGAGCUCACCAAUGCCAGUCACACUGGAACCAAAGCCUCAACAGCUCUUGAGUUUGAGAGCAAAAUGCGCGGGAGCCUGGAGAACAGGACAGCGCAGCUUGAGUCUGAGCUGAGUAGAGCCUGGGAACAAAUAAAGGAUUUGUCUGAGAAAGCAUCCAUGCUGGAGACGACAAAGAGGCAUUUGGAAAUCGAACUGGAUAAGGUACAUAAAUCUUAUUGUGCAGCUUUGGCUCAGGGUAGGGGCUGACGGAGGAUUUUGUGUUACAGGGAGCCUAGAGAUAUAGUAUACAGUGCCAAUAUAGGGGCGAUAGCGCCCAUCUUAGCGCCCAUCAGGACUGCGAACGGCGUACUUUUCUAGGGAGAUUCGGGCGCAUGCCCCUCCGAGAAAAUGUUUGAGAUUGAAGUUCUUUGAGAUGCAAUCUCGUGCAUUCUGGACGUUUAAAUUUAGCAAAUGCUUGGAUUCCAUAUUGAACAUGUAAUGCUGAAAUAUUUAAGAAAAAAAUUCCAGGACAAUAGGGCCGGGGGGGGGGGGCGGGGCCUCCUACGCCCACCCCUAAAUCGGCCCUUGCAAGGUAGUUUCGGGGAAUGUGUAUGGCAACGGAUUGUGUUCCUGUUUGCUAGCUUGCGAGCAAACGCUUUUCCUAUAGCUAAGGGCGAUUGAGUCCUUCUUUUGUGGCGGUUUCCUGGCUAACUCUUCGGUCUUUAUAGUCGGGAAUUAGUGUGGAAUGCGACCAAAACAUGUCGCUAAGUCUGAUUUCUUUCUUUGAUAUUUUUUAUCAACUUAGCCGUCAAUGAAGCCUUUCUGGCAGCCAUUUCCAUUAAAGUUGUCGGAUUUUAAAGCCUUAAGCCUUAAAAACCAGUAUUGCUAUGGUCUCUUCGCGUAGGCUUUCCAUCGACGUUAAUUGCCAAAUAGCUGUAUAGCAGAAAACAUUCAUGAGUGAUCUGCGUUUUGAAAGCAUAAAUCUACUUGGUGUUGAAGCUAAAAGGGUAUAAGAGAGAUUUGGAUUCUCGUUUACGGCAAUUUGUACGACGUGACCAAGUUUACCCUUUACUUAAAAAUAAAAAUAAAAACGCAGAAAUUAUGUAGUUUCAUGUAAUUUUUAUCCAUAAGAACUACCCUUCAAGUGUUUUUAUCUGCUUAUUUUCUAUUUUGAGAUAUUCUUAACUUGGGUUUGCCGUUUGCCUAAACGUGACUCUAAAUGUCUCUAUCCUUGAUUGUCUACGGUAGAAAAUCCAACAGCUGCGUCAAACAGAGAGUACACUGCACAGAAGACAAGCAGAACAUACAGCGGUUAUGGUUGCUAAGGAUACCGCCCAACAACAGGCCGAGGAGGCUGAAGCCAAGGUAUACAUAUCUGAAAUGCUCACCUGCCUACCCCUCCCCUAACCCAACAUUUUCCCCCUCUUUUACUGAGCCGUUAAGGUUAGAGUAGAGUUUGAGGAAGACAGGGCGGUGGGCAGAGUGUAAGAUUCUCUUAAACAGCCGUCUUACCCCUCUUCUAACCCAACAUUUUGCCCCUCUUUCACUGAUCCGUUAGUGUUAGUGUCGGGCUGGGGAGGACAGGACGGUGGGCAGUUUUUCGAAACACCAGAGACCAUAAAGACAUAAAAUACAAACUAGAUAUAAAAAGGGGGCUAAACAUUGAUCAGAAUGAGAAUUGUGAUAUCUGAAAUACCAAUGAUAGUCGCAUUUUAUUGGAAUUUUCCUUUCCCUGUCCAUCCUUACAUUCUUGAACACUGAAGUAAGAAAAGGGAAAUUUCGAUUUCUUCCACCUCACUUCGAAAAUCGUUUAUACUCCAACAUUUACACUCCAAAAAAACGUCUUCAGUAUGAAAAAGUGUGGAAGCUGCCAACUAGCCUUGGAGUUUAGUCGAUUAGAGCGCUGGAAUAUCUAUCCCAGAGGUUGCGUGUUCAGUACUGGUUUUUCUCACUUUCUUUUAUAAAACUUGCAGUUCAAAAGGAUUUGUAGAGUUUCCCACUCCUCAGCAUUCAAAAUUAAGUUCAUUUUACAUUUAACGGUUUUCUUUGUUGAAUUAGUUGGCAGGGUUAAGAAAGGAGUUCGAAGGAGUAAGUGAACAAUUGGAGCUCACACAGAUGGAACUAAAGAAUGCUAAUGAACAGCUGGCUGAAAUGAAGCUGACAUGUGAGGAAAAUGACACUCUGAGAGUUCACCUGCAAGAGGAGGAAGUCAACAAGUGA